AUGGAAGACAAAGAUGUAGAAGAUAUAAAACGAGUGGCUGCACUUGCCUCAGCUGACCGACANCCCCCGGGAGCCACAAAUGCGCUACUCAUCCGACUCUCCGGAUUACAUCCGCUUCCAAAACUACUUAUCGAAUGGCGCCACAUCCAUGGUCUACUGGAAAAGACGUUUUCCGGUUUAAUAUCCGUUUGCGAAUCAACCCUGAAUGCUUGCAAGAUUGCUAGAUGUUCGCAGCCACGUCUUGCUCCUACCUACGAUGUUUACACUGCCACGGGUCGCAUCGUGUCCUGCCUACCCAAUAUCCAGGCUGUUCCGAACGAUAUUCUUAUAGAUUACCCACGCAUCCUCGUGCCGGGCGAAGCAAACACGAUUGUUUCCUCUACCCAGAAAGAUGUUCUAGAAAAGCGUCCUGCUUCUGAGAGUCAAAGCUGGCCAGGCUCAAUUCUUAAAGCGCUCGCUGAACUUCCUCAGGAACAGGUGGUUAUCCGCCCCAGACUUGCCUUCUGCGUUCCCGAAAAUAGUAUGCUCAUCUCUGGCGACUUUUGUCAGUUGGAGCUGAGGCUUCUCGCGCACUUCAGUCGGGAUGUCAAUCUACUAAAUCUACUAGGUGUUACAAAUUCCUCAGAGUCCACUGAUUCAAGUCUAUCUUGUGCUCCGCCAACACCGGAACAGGACGCAUUCCGAAAACUCGCCGCAUAUUGGUUGAAAUUGUCCUCUGCUGCCGAAGUGAGCACAUCUCAACGCCAACAGGCUAAACAAUUGUGUUACGCCUUAAUCUACGGUAUGGGCUCUCAGGGCUUGGCUUCCCAGUUGGACAUCUCGGAAACGGCCGCUCAAGGCUUGGUAGAUAGUUUCCUUCGUGCGUUUCCCGGUGUUCAGUGCUUCAUUAGUGACACAAUUCAGUCCGCUCAUCGUCUGGGUCACGUUUCCACUUUGGGCGGCCGUAAACGAAUCCUCAGUGCUCUUGGAGAAUCCCGGGCGUCGUCUUAUCCGUUGGGCGCUCGUGACUUGAACGGUCGACGAUUAGUUCGAACCCGCUCAGAAGAAAUUAAACAUCAUUUCGCUGCGGUUAAGGCUGAACGUCAAGCUGUGAAUACAGUGAUCCAAGGUAGUGCUGCCGAGAUUGCCAAAUCAGCCAUGUUGGCGGUUGAACAGCGACUUGUUAAUCAAGCCGGUCGUUGUCGUUUGGUCCUACAUGAACAUGAUGAAUUGCUAUACGAGAUUACACCCACACGGGCAGCCCGUGACAUUGGAUCUCUCAUACGUAUCACAAUGAGUUCGAUGAGUUCACACUAUCGACUGUCUGUUCCGUUACCCGUCAAGUUGCGCGCUGGUUUGAAUUGGGCUCAGCUUGAGGAAGUACCCUGGUGA